AUGCACGCUCCUAGUAUCGCCCAGGUCGCCACUCUUGGCAUGGCUUUCUUCGCCGCCACUUCCCGAUCUACCGACAUCUCCGGCGCCGGCAUGGCUCUGGAGCAACGUGCCCCCAAGACGUGCAAGCGCAAGAACGGCGUCUGCGUGGAGCCCGCCCCCGGAACCACCACCGGCACCAACCCCGACGUUGUUACCGUUGUAGCGAGAAGCCCGAAGGGAGGCGACGCGGCUUUGGACGAUUCCAACAACAACAAGGCCAACGGAAAGACGCCCAAGAGAGCCCCCAAUGGCGGUGAUGCUGCAGCUGAUGACGCCGGCAACAACAAGGCCAAUGGCAAGAACCCGAAGAGAAGCCCUAAGGGCGGCGAUGCUGCUGUGGAUGAUGCCGGCAACAACAAAUGCAACGGAAAGAACCCCAAGAGAGCCCCCAAGGGAGGCGAUGCCGCCGCCGAUGACGCCACCAACAACAAGGCAAACGGCAAGGCUCCCAGAACCGUAGGCGCCGACGACAGCAGCGCUUCCAAGUCCACCACCCAGGACGACAAGAACAACAACAAGGGCGCCUCGGGCCGCAAGGGCGGUAAGUCUAGCACCAAGUCCAGCGGCAAGACCACCACCUCCACGUCUGGCUCCGACGACAAGAGCACCACCAAGGUCGACGACAACGACAAGAACAAGUCUGGCAACAAGCGCAGCCCCAAGGGCGGCGACGCCGCUGCGGAUGAUGCCACGAACAAUAAGAAGGGUCACGCCCGCCGUCAGGAGGAUGGGGACGAGGAGGACUUUGACGUCGACUUCGAGGAGGAUGUUGAAUUUGACGAUGAGGAGUAA